AUGUUAAAUACAAAAAUUCACUAUAAAGUAUUAAAUUAUUAUUUUGCACGGAAAUCUCAACGCAUUUUUCACCUUACGAAUGACGAGUCUAACGCAACGAACUGGUGUAUUGAAAUGACACAAAUGUGUUCAAACAAGCUGAAAGUAACAAAAAACAACAUCAAGUUAACUAAUUUUCCUAAUUGUAAUCUUUUUGGUGAAGUAAACUUGUUGACUGAAUAA